GGAAAAAUAAUGGGAAAAGCAAUCAAAGCACGAAGAUCUAAAGGAAAUGAACGACGUUUCCUCCGGCAUGGCAAGUCGGAUAAUUCAGCUUUACCUGGAAGAAAUUCUUCAAUGUUUCCUAAAUCGUGACAACACAGUACGUUUAUGGGCUGUUAAAGUAAUACAGAUUGUUCUUCGUCAAGGAUUGGUUCAUCCUGUUCGAAUGGUUCCGUACUUAAUAUGUCUAAGCACUGAUCCAAAGGUAGAGUCCGCCCAUAGAGCCGAUGCCUUAUUAAAAGAUAUCGAUAAAACAUAUUCUGGAUUUGUUAAUAUGAAAGUGCAAUUUGGACUACAUCUCUGUUUUAAGUUACAAAAAGUAUUACAAAUAAACAACACGGGAAAACUUGAAGUAAUUAGAGGUUUUGCGAGUCGCGGACCGGAUAAUGUAACAACUGCUUUAAACGACUUUCUUUAUUCACUACUUCGUACAACUAAGCCACAGAGGCGUGCAUUGGUACAAACAGUUACCAAACAGUUCGAUGAUCAGAAAACAUCAUUACAACAACUUUUGUACAUUGCCGAUAAUCUGGCUUACUUCCCAUAUGUAGUUCAAGAUGAGCCUCUAUAUUUGAUACAUCAAAUAGAUUUACUUAUAUCAAUGGCAGGAACACAUUUACUCGCAACUUUUAAGGAACAUUUGAAACCAUGUGACAAAGAACGAGAUGUAUUGGAAGAUGAUGAUGAUGUUGAAGAUCCCCAGGUUUUGUUCAAUCGAUUGCCCGAAGAAAUGACGGAAAUAAAAAAAUGUAUAACAUCUGCCCAAGCAUGCAUGCUGCUUUUAGUACUAAAAGAUCAUUUAAAGGAUAUGUAUGGGAUUACUGAUAGUAAAAUUUCAAGAUAUUCGCCAUCCGAACAAAAAUUAUAUGAAAAAGUAGUGACACGUAGAAGUGUUACUGACUUUAACCCGAAAACAACUAUUGAUGUGAUCAAGAAACAGAUGUCACAACAAAUAUUGAGCGAAGACAUCCACUUUCCAUUUACCAACGAGGAAAAAUUGGACCUUGUUGUAAAGUACCUAGAUUUUAAGCAACUUAUGUUAAAACUGGAUCCAGAAGAUGCAGACUCGGAUGCUGAAGAAUCCCGAAAUAAAUCUAUUUUAAAUCCGUCUUCUACUUCUGAUGGUUACCCUAACUUAACAAAAAAUUCACACCUCGCCAGUGAUGGAUACACUGAUGUGCUCGAUGUACCAAUUUCUCAAAUUGUAAAGACGUCCGUUUCACCUUCAAAGGCAAGUGUCCGGAAACAAAAUCAAGUGCAAAGUAAAAAGAAACGGAGAAAAAUGGAGUCAUCGGAUGAUGAAAACAGUGAGGCGGAGAAUGCAUGAGAUAAAUAUUAUAAAUUGGCUUACUUAAUAUAUGAAGUAUAAAAAAAAGUCUAAUGUAAACUCAAAUAAUAUUACAUGUACUUUAAAAAACAUGUUAAAUAUCUUUACUGCAAGCAUAAACUUAUUGUUUAUGAGAAAAAAUAAAUAUGUUAGUCUGUAAUUACUUCA